GCUAAGCUCUGAGCAGGAAAAGGAGCCGUGCUGGGAGGAUGCAGUGAAUAGAUGGGAGUGAACUCGGACGAGAACUAGGUCACGGGAGUACGCGCGUCGCCCCCCGGUCCCCCUCCCGCCCCCCGGAGGGUUGAGACGGGGUUGUCGCUCCGGCCAAGGGUUCAACCUCUCCACGUGAACGCAGCGACCGAAGAGAUGGGGAUCUAAUGGGUGGUAAGAGGGAAGUAGCGAACGUGGAUGGAGUUUCCCCUGGUGGCCGCUAUCCAUGAGUGGGAGCGCUCCAGUGCCGCUGAGUUCACCAGAAAAACACAUGGCGGUGGCUUUCAACUCGAGCGGGAGUUUGGGGAACAAGUAUCUGGCUGUCUACGUGCUUCUGGCCAGCGUCGCAGGUGGAGUCUUCCUUGUUGCCUCCCUCUUCUUCUUCUGCCGCUACUGCAAAGGCUCCAAAACCUCCUCGCUCCCUCGCAAGACCUCGUCUUCGAUCGAAGAGUGGAGCGUGCAAGGAGAAGCCGGCAAGAAACUCAAGCGCAGUUCAAUCUCAACCUCCCCCUCAAAUUUGGGCUCCACGCGUAAACUUCACGACGACAAUCCUGCCCGGUUAAUCACCGAAAACGGGAAACAGAGUGCAUAUUUCCAGUGCCGCAAAUCCACACGAAGCUUAGAAAGCAAGACCACCAAUUGUUUCAACCCCAACGAAGAGGGUCGAGAGCGAGAAAUCACUGCGGAGGUUCACAGCGGCUCGACGCACGGUUCGGCGGCGACCAUUCGGCGAACGAGCAACACAAGCGGGGGGUCCAGGGGCUCCAUCCCCCCGACCCCUCACACCCCACACACCCCGCACGCCCCUUCAAAAGCCAGCUCGCGCAACCCGUCGCACAGAGAGAACUGGAGUGGGUCAGAGGAGGAGGCUGCUCCCGGUGGGAUAAGUCCGACCUACAGGAUUCCCAGCAUAGACUGGACGCACCUGGAAACGAGUCUGGAUUUCUGGAGACAGGAACACUCCAAAACAGUGGCGCGCUCAAGAGAGGAAGACUCAAGCUGCAAAGUCCGCUAUAAUGAUACCGGAAGUCUUGAAGAGGUGAACGUGGAGCACCUAGUAGACUACUACGAGGACGAAGUAGUCAACCUGCCGACGGAUCCUCCAAUCACAAUCAACUGUGACAACAUGAGGCAUCAGUACAAGAAAUUGUGGCAACUUCGAGCCACCCUGGAGGAAGACGAAGGGAAGACAGAAGCUGAAAUCUCAGCCACACCGCAAUCCCAUUCUUCAGCCGACCAAUCGCCAGAAACGGGUGAGCACCCAGGCGGGUCGCACACGACCUCGUUCGAGUCGAAUACGGAGCCCCUCCUGGAGGACCACGGGAGCGGGGGCGGCGGCGGGGGUGGGGGGACGAAGUGGGUGAGCUCCCACGGGAGCGGGACGCCGUUGGCGACGUACGAGUCCCGGCGGCAGACGUACCGCAACGUCCUCAGCUGGCGGCUUCGGCGGAUGGAGGCGCGCAAGCACAACGGCCACGCCGGCCACAACGGGGUCGUCAAGCAGAGCACCAUCGAGGACACCAGCUUCGACUCGAUGGACACCGCGGAUACGGAGUACUCGUCGGACACCAGCCGCCUCGAACAGACGACGAGUUUCGAAUCGACGACAGACAACACGGACAGCACAUCCGAGUCGCAGGUUCACCGGCUUCAGGCGCUGCGAGCAGACUCGGGCUACCGGAGUCUGGAGAACCCCCCGCCGCCGCACCCCCUUCACCAACCACCCCCCAAGCACCGCCUCCUCACCCUCGGCGAGAGCUCCGACCUGGAGGCCCUCGUCAAACCCCACGGACACCGCAUCCCCUCCGUCGGCGACAGCGUCGAGGAGACGGACGAGCCUCCCACCCCCAGCUGGAAGGAGAAACUCGCCAACGGCUUCCACUACGGACAAGUCAACGGGGUUAAUGGGGUCAAUCCUGUCAAUGGGGUCAAUGGAGUCAAUGGGGUUAAUGGAGUCAAUGGUGUGAAUGGUGUCAACGGUGUUAAUGGUGUGAAUGGCGUCAACGGUAUAAAUGGGGUCAAUGGUGUCAACGGCAUCAAUGGAAUCAAUGGAACUCAUUUGUCUUACAGGUCGAAGGAGAUGAUGAACCGGAUGAACUCGUUCCGCCAAGCGGCCUCCCGGAGCGAGUCCCUGGAGCAGGAGACCGACGAAGGGAUCAUCAUCAAGCCCCUGAAGCGUCUCACCCAGACGCCCCACCCGAACCCGGACGCCUCCCGGCGGCGCCGCGAGUUCCAGGUGGCGCGGACCAACUCCUCCCUGGACGACAAGUCCCAGUCGGACGCCGACUCGGUCGCCGUCGACACCCAGUCCCGGGUCCACUCCCUCGACUCCCGGGUCCAGUCGCUCGAGGAGAAGUCCGACUACUCCACGACGGAGCUCAUCGUCGAGAAGAAGGUCGUCGAUUACAAUCGGGAUAGGGACUUCUCCGUGGACGAGAAGUCGGACGCCCUCUUCCGGGAGUUCAGUCGCUGCGACCGGGAGGACAGGAAGGCCACGGCUCCUGCGGUUCCCGUUGUUGUGUAUCGGAGGUUGCGCUCAGAAGCCGCCACUGGGAAAGCUGCCAGGGCUGCUAGGUAAAGGGGGGUAGCGAUCGUUUUUCCGAAGAACUCCGGAUGAGCAUUCGAGGGUUGCCAAAUUUCCUCCGAUGAAAUAUUAUUUUUGAGGAAAGUCAUGAAUAUUUGUCCUGGAAAUUUCGAAUAAGUAUAGUUGAAAUUGCGAAAAAAAUAUCUGAAAAAUCGAAAGAAAAAUAUUUAUAGGUUUAUCGGAAGGUAAAAAGGGUGGCGACCGUUCUUCCGUGCUAAGGAGGAAGUCUGAAUGGACAUUCGAGAGUUGCCAAAUUUCCUCCGAUGAAAUAUUCAUUCUUGAGGAAAGCCAUGAAUAUUUGUACUAGAGAUUUCGAAUAACUAUGGUUGAAAUUGCGAAAAAAAAUGGCUGAAAAAUCGGAAGAAAAAUAUUUAUGAGUUUAUCGGAAGGUGAAGAGGGUGGCGACCGUUCUCCCGUGCCGAGGAAGAACUUUGUUUUUCCUCAGCAGGGUAGCCCGCGUGAAAAUCAGUCGUCGUGACUUUGACAAUCUGGUAUUAGUAAGCUUCGGUGCUAAGGAAGACGAACGCCGUGUGAGCCCUCGGGCGUCGCCAAAUUUUUUUUUAAAGAUACGAUUUGUCAGGAAAAUUUGUUAAUAUUUUAAUUCCGAUUUUAGAUAAUUUUGUUCGUAAUUUGAUCUGAGGUGUCUAAAAAUUCCAUGGAAAAACAUUCAUGAGUUCCUUCACUGAGUGUCUACCGUCAGUAAAAACCGGGAAAUCCCGAAAAAUAUGAGGAAAUUAAAUGUCAUCAGAUAAAAUCCGAAAAUCGAAAUUUCGAAUUUCGAUGUCAUUCGAAAUGAAAUUCUAAUAGGCACCGCCCAUUCAAAAUUAAUAUUUUCUGAAAGAAAAUUUGGCAACCCCUGGAUGUACAUACGGUGUUUUUCCUCAGCAUGGCAGCUUACAUCAUGCACAAAUCGAAAUGAUGUCUGUAGACUAUCAUGUCAUCCUGACGUAACUCGGAUGUCUAUCUAGCGUUACUCCGAUGUCAGUUUACUACGGACUAGUUUGUCGUCACUCUGAUGUCAGUCCAUCGUCUCCUUGACGUCAUUCUGUCGUUUCUUAAAUGUGUGUGUACCAAGAUGUCAGCCUGACGUCAGUCUGAUCAGGGCCGGUUUUACAUUUUCAGCGCCUCCUGCUGAAAUUUGGUUGGCGAUCUCGAGGAAAA